CUUGAAACUCUAUUGAAGUACAACGUCUGCCGACACAGCAUACGUUUGUUUGACUAUCUUAUAAUUCAUAAACGGUUCUGCUGCCGUUUUCCUCUUUGCUCGCACCUCAAAUUUUCCACAGCUCUAGGCCUUCUCGCUGAAAGAUGGGUUGCGGCGCGAGUACCCCCGCUAGCAAUGCUCAGCCUCAAGCCAAGGCGCCUACUUCGCCUGCAGCAGCAUGCGCACCCGCUAAAGACCUGAAGAACGCGGAUUCAGGGAAGAAUGGCGCUGCCCCGACAAACAAGGACGUUGGAAACGCUAUCGAGCGUGCUCUAGAUGAAAUCGGCGACGCUGUGGAGGCCGUGGCGGACGCAGUGGUAGACGGCGUGGUUGAUGGCGCUAACGCUGUAAAGGACGGGGCGGUGGCCGUGGGCAAGGGAGCCGUGGCGGUCGGCAAGGGCGCUGUGGACGUGGUCGGUGACGCCGCUGAGGCGGUCGGCGACGCCGCCGUGUCAGUCGCCAAGGGCACCGCGAAUGUGGUGGAGAAGGCGGCGAAUGUGGUCACGGACGCGGUCGCCGACACCGCCAAGGCUGCUGCCGAGGUGGCUUCGGACGUUGCGGAGGCGGUUGCCGAUGCGGCCGUGGCAGCCAAAGACGCGGUCGUGGACACAGCAGUGGCUGUGGGCACCGGUGCCAAGGAGCUGACCACAGAGGCGGUGGAGGCGGUGGGCGACGCCGUGGUCGACGGCGCCAAGGCCACCGCCGGCGCCGCCUCCAAGGCCGCCAGCUUCGUGGCCGAUAAGGCCGAGGAUGCGGUGGAGGCGGUGGGGGAUGCCGCGGAGGCGGUGGGUGAUGCCGUCGUGCACGGCGCCAAGAGCACUGUGGAGGCGGCGGGUGACGUGGCAGAGGCGGUGGGCGACGCCGUCGUGCACGGCGCCAAGGCCACUGUGGAGGCGGUGGGCGAUGUGGCAGAGGCGGCGGGUGACGUGGCUGAGGCGGCGGGCGACGCCGUGGUGGACGGCGCCAAGAGCGUGACGGCGGCGGCGGGCAAGGCGGCCAGCUUUGUGGCGGACGGCGUGGAGGGCGCCAUUGACCAUGUGCAGAGCGGCAUCAUCACGGCCGCGGACGAGGUGGGCGAGAAGGCGGACGAGGUGAAGGAGGCGGCGCAGGAGGCCGACGCCGACGGCGAGGCCCCCAAGGCGCCCGCCAAGAACGAGUCUGCGCGCUACAGCGCGGCGGCGGAGCAGAGCGAGGCGGUGUACAUGGAGGAGAGCGCGGUGGAGGCGCCGCCCUCGGAGCCCAGCGCAGUGGCCAGGACCAAGACCGGCGACGACGAUGCUUUUGAUUGAAGGGCACAGAGCGCUGCUGAGCUGGCGGUGGUGGGGCAGCGGCCUGACGGCCGUGGGCGCGACUGAGACAGGUCGCGGUGGCGGUGGCGGUGGCGACGGCCGCGGGUGUGUUCACGGUGGAGUGCAGGAGGCGAUGGUGGCGCGGCAGGAGGCGUGGGCUGCAGGCCAGGGACAUCAGGCCGUAGUGAUGUCUGCUCCGUUUUUCUUAUACAUUCAUUCGCUUAGUCUUAUCAUUUCAGGGGUGCGGGAGGGGGCCGCUGCGGAUGCCUGAGCGCCUGGCACACACUGGCGCCCACAUGAGCGACCUGGCCCGGUGCUGCGAGUGGUACGGGCAUGCCUGCGCAUACCGCAUGCACCGAGAACACACGCGGAACGUCACAGACAACAUUUAGGCCCGGGCGUGUGCGCAGUGCCGCCUUUGCUAGGUUCGGGAUACUGCUAUGUGUGCGAAGAUGUGCUUAUCCGUGUGUAGGGGCGCAGGCCUGCUGCGAGAUGCAGGCCUGGGCCCCAGGGUGGGUGUACAGAGAAGAGGGGGCGCGCGGUGGUGUCCGCCGCCGCCCGCAGAUGCUACUUCGGGGCGCUGCAAUGACUGCGUUGUGCCGUUGUGGCGAGUGACACGUGGCAUGCACGCGAGGCAGGGCGGGGCGCGGCCUCGCUGCGUGACGAGCCGCGGCGGUUCUUGUACGGCCUGGAGCGAGGAGGUUGACGUGAGUGGGUGCCGUACUGCCGUACUGCCGUGGCCUUGGCUGACUGACGUGACUUUCUAACGGAGGGGAGUGAGUGAAACCGUGUGUCGUGGUGUGUUAGGACGUGACCUGCUGGUGACUUGACACACAUGAUGAUGGCAAACACGGCCACAGUACAGUAAGGAAAUGCGUUCGUGUGUUUCUCUUCGUGUGAUGCGCGAUAUUUACGUUCUUUGUUUGGCUCUACUAUUCAUACAAAUGUGCAAGUGUGCAACCCAAGAAACGGAAGAUGAGGCGGAGAUGGCAGGCGGCGUCCGACGUGCAUGCGCCAGCCUUUGGAGAGAUGAUUGACGUUGUAAAACUCAUUGCAA